AUAGUGAGAGCUGGGUUAUGUCAUCAUACAGGGCUUUUUGCCACUAUUGUUGAGGAUACCAUGUAUGUUAAGGCUUUCAAGCAUAAGAUUACAUCAUGCUGCCCAGAGAUGUUAGCAUGAAGUCUGCUGAGAGUACAGGGGGUCUGAGCCUAGAGGGAGGGGAAAUUAUUGGAGAAGCACAAAAGAACAUGGGAGACAGGUGCAGAGAUCAAGGGGUGUGACUGAUCCAGUCAAGUUCCAGGUCAGACAUUUGAGAGCCAAGGGUAGGCAGGAAGUUGGGGAGUGGACUAGUAGCAGGACUUGAAAAUGUAAGGAAGAGACAAUCGGUGCAUCAGAUUCAGAACCAGAUCAUUUUAGGAAUUGUGUGUAAAAAUGGGACUACAGAAAAUGGGAGAAGGGUCUAGCCUCUGAAAAAUAAGAGAGAGAGAUGCAGAGAGUGAAGGAACCUCAGUCAACUGGCCGGGUUUCAGGGCUGGGACCUCUGGACACCAGCGCCCUAGGGUUUGUUGAGUGGGUCCAUUCCCAUGCAAAAGAGGGCUGAAUGGGUACUCUGGCCAUGUCAUUAGAGUAUUUACACAUAUCAUGUAUGCCACAUAGCAAAAAAUAAUAAUAAUAAUAACCCCUUAUGCUUCCUGUCUUUCUCUUACCUUCCAGAAACCACCUUAGUUGUUCUAUUCCUUCAUCCCAGUCUCAUGAGCCAGUGGAGUGAAGAGAUUCCAUGGAGCAUAGAUACAGGUCUCCAUCAGGCAGUUUGGAGCAUGUGAACAUACUCUGAGCCUUGAUGAGUUCCAGUAUGUGGUAUAUUAUGCAGAGCAUUCAGAGCAAAUACUCUCUCUCAGAGCGCUUAAUCCGAACAAUCGCUGCCAUUCGUUCCUUCCCACAUGAUAAUGUAGAGGACCUCAUCAGAGGGGGAGCAGAUGUGAACUGUACCCAUGGCACACUGAAGCCACUGCACUGCGCCUGCAUGGUGUCAGAUGCUGACUGUGUGGAGUUACUCCUGGAAAAAGGAGCUGAGGUGAAUGCCCUGGAUGGUUACAACCGAACAGCCCUCCACUAUGCAGCUGAGAAAGAUGAGGCUUGUGUGGAGGUCCUCUUGGAGUAUGGCGCAAACCCCAACGCGCUGGAUGGCAACCGAGAUACCCCACUUCACUGGGCAGCCUUUAAGAACAAUGCUGAGUGUGUGCGGGCCCUCCUGGAGAGUGGGGCUUCUGUCAAUGCCCUGGAUUAUAACAACGAUACCCCGCUCAGCUGGGCUGCCAUGAAGGGAAAUCUGGAGAGCGUCAGCAUCCUUCUUGAUUACGGAGCGGAAGUCAGAGUCAUCAACCUAAAAGGCCAGACGCCCAUCUCCCGCCUGGUGGCUCUAUUAGUCAGGGGACUUGGAACAGAGAAAGAAGACUCUUGCUUUGAGCUUCUCCACAGAGCUGUUGGACACUUUGAAUUAAGGAAGAAUGGCACCAUGCCACGGGAAGUGGCCAGAGACCAGCAGCUGUGUGAAAAACUGACUGUUCUGUGCUCAGCCCCGGGAACUCUAAAAACACUGUCUCGCUAUGCUGUGCGCCGGAGUUUGGGCCUCCAGUAUCUGCCAGAUGCAGUGAAGGGCCUUCCACUGCCAGCCUCUCUGAAGGAAUACCUCUUACUUGUGGAAUAGGCUGGAGAAGUUGUUUGCACCAUCAGGCAGGCAACUCUGGGUGAGAUUUUUCCCUGUGGUACUGUCUCUUUGUCUUGGAAAACAGGAAAAGCAGUUGUU